UGUUUUGCUAUAAGUCAAAGCAGGAAACAGUUUGUUGCAGUUUAACACUGAAGAACAAACUACCAGAUUGAGCUUCAGACAAAUUCACCACCUUCCUCAGAGUAAGUCCAGCUCCAGGAGAGAAAAGUGGGAAACUCCACCUGCUGCUUCAAGCUGCUGACGCUCCACAGACUGAAGCUUCACUCAGACACUAAAUGGCUUCCAGAUCAGAGAAGGAUCUCUGCUGUCCAGUCUGUCAGGAUGUCUUUACAGAACCUGUUGUUCUGUCCUGUAGCCACAGCUUCUGUAGAUUCUGUCUGAAGACAUGGUGGAAAGAGAAACUAACACAAGAGUGUCCAGUCUGUAAGAGAAGAUCUUCAAGAGAAGAUCCACCUGUCAGUCUGGUGAUAAAGAACCUGUGUGAGUCCUUCUUACAGGACAGAGCUCAGAGAUCUUCAGAGACUCUCUGCAGUCUGCACCAAGAGAAACUCAGACUCUUCUGUCUGGACCAUCAGCAGCCAGUUUGUGUCGUCUGCAGAGAUUCAGAAAAACACACUGACCACAAAUUCAGACCCAUCGAUGAAGCUGCACAACAGCACAAGAAACAGCUUCAGGAAACUCUGGAGCCAUUAAAGGAGAAAUUAAAGGUCUAUGAACAAAUGAAAGAGAAGUUUGAUCAGACAGUAAAACACAUUGAGGUCCAGACCCGACACACAGAGACGCAGAUUACGGAGCAGUUUAAGAAGCUCCACCGCUUUCUAGAAGAGGAAGAGGAGGCCAGGAUGGCUGCACUGAGGGAGGAAGAGGAGCAGAAGACUCAGAGGAUGAAGGACAAGAUGGAGGCUCUGAGCAGAGACAUAGCAGCUCUGUCAGACACAGUCAGAGCCACAGAGGAGGAGCUGAGAGCUGAAGACGUCUCCUUCCUGCUCAACUACAAGGCUGCAGUGGAAAGAGUCCAGCAGCGCCCCCUGCUGGAGGAUCCACAGCUGCCCUCAGGAGCUCUGAUAGACCAGGCCAAACAUCUGGGCAACCUGAACUUCAACAUCUGGAACAGGAUGAAGGACGUGGUCUCCUACACUCCUGUGGUUCUGGAUCCAAACACUGCAAACCCAGAACUGAUCCUGUCUGAAGAUCUGACCAGUGUGAGAGGAGGAGACAAACAGCAGCUUCCUGAGAAUCCAGAGAGGUUUGAUAAAUACUGGUCUGUUCUGGGCUCUGAGGGUUUUAACUCAGGGACUCACAGCUGGGAUGUGGAGGUUGGAGACAGUAGGUAUUGGGUACUGGGUGUGUUAACAGAAUCUGUCCAGAGGAAGGGAGACUUAUGGUCUGGAUUAUGGAGAAUACGGUUCUCUGCAGGUAAAUACUUUGCAUGGUCACCACCAGCUCCAACCACUGAUCUUCCAGAGCAGCAGAAGAAGUUCCAGAGGAUCAGAGUGAAUCUGGACUGGAACAGAGGAAAACUGUCUUUCUCUGAUCCUGAUACUAACACACACAUACACACCUUCACACACACUUUCACUGAGAGACUGUUUCCACUCUUUAACACUGGGGAUAAACUGAGUAUUUCACCAGUGAAGGUCUCUGUGACAGUGGAUCAGAGACGUUAGAGACAAAGAUGAUGAUUAGAUUCAUAAAGUUGCUUAUUUCUUCACUGACUUUAACCUGUUAACCUGCUCCUGUUCUACUGAUGCCUCAUUGGUACAAAGCUUUGCUUUAUAUCACUGUUUUGUUUUAACUUCUUCUUAUUGACUGUAUUGAUAUAUUGUAUUGACUUUUUUUUGUAUUAUCAAUUUUCGGAAAAAUGUCAGAUAUUUUUCGUUAUUUAGGUUUGUUUUGAUUAAACACACACACACACGCACGCACAGUUAAUUUAAUAUCUCUAUCUUUUUAAACAAUGCAACAUUUGUAUUUCUCCAACCCUUUUUAGUGUUUAAAUCAUUUAUAUCUGGGCCACAAAAAAAUGGAGGGAAGGAGAAAAUAAUCAGGCGAUGAUGACACGUGAAGCCUUUAGGAUUUUAAACUGGCUCAUAGAUUCACACUGAUCUCACCUGUCACAACUGAGACCAUGAUGAACACAGCUAUUGGGUUUUUUCCAGGACGUUGGAAAAACAGAUAAUAUCCUUCGAUUCUUUAGAAUCUUAGCGUUCAUUUGAGCCAUAGUUUAUCAUAUUUUGUUUCCUGCUGGGUCUAUUUGAUGCAUGUGAUGGCAUUUCUAGCACUGAAGCACUGUCUAUAUGUUUCACAUCUGCCUUUGUUUGUUUAACCAGCACCCAUUCAAGCAGUUCACAUCAAUACUUUAUUUAGUUAUUUGGUUUAUUUUCAGUAAACAUAUUUUGUUCAUUUCCUAGUUGACACAUCAUUGGUUCUGUUUGCAGCAUGUAGCACAUUUAGUUUUUUUGUACUGUGACCUUACACUUACGUGUAAUUAUUAUAGUUCCCAUUAAACCGUUAGUUACGGUUUGAGGCUGGUGGUGGUGGUUUCUGGGC